AUGCACUUGCCAUCUUUGACUGCAUGCGUCCUGCUUCUUAGCUCUGGUGCAACUGCACUCAGACAUGGCGAGCAGGACAACGGGGUGGUCCAGGCACUGUGGGAGGCACCUCACGUCGCCGCCCAUCAUCAACGUCGGGACGGCUUCAUCAUCGCUGAUGGUAAGCGCAUCAGCCGCAGAACGCACGCAAAGCUUCACGCCCGUCAACCGCCGCCGCCACCUCCUCCGGCUCCGGGCCCGCCGCCGCCGCCUCCGCCUGGUGGGGGUGCUGGUAGCUCCUGGAAGGACAAGCCUAGUGCACCGAGCCACGUCGAGAUCAAGGUGGGCGAUCUCUGGCGCGGAGAGACCUUCCGGAAACCCGAAGACGUCCGGAAAGCGGGCGGCUUCGAGUCCCACGCCAAGCGAAUCUUUGAGGGAACUCACCCGGACUACAAGACGGGGAUGACGCAAGAGGCGUUCAAGAUGGGCAGCAGCGUGUACCACCACUCCAAGAAGACGUGCUCCUGCUCUUCCUACGUCUCCAUGAGCGCCAGCAAGGAUGAGGCGACCAACUUUGCGAGCAAGCAGACCGCGGAGAAGACGUACGUCUACAAGAUCCGCCCAGAGACCAACAAGGUCGUCGAUGUCGCGGGCUCUCUCGGCGGCGACAGACAUCUCACGUGGACCAAGGAAAAGGAGAUUGCCGGUGUCUACGAGGUGCCGUGGAAGCAGGUCCUCGGUUGGCACGAAGGCACGCCGACCAAGGCCGAAGGAGGAGGCAGCGAAAUCGUCUUCAGUGAAUUCAUCAACAAGGGCGACGUUUACCCCGACGACCCCCUCCCCGAAGAGGUUCCCUUGACUGGGGAGUUUGAGAUUCGGUCUGAGCUCGCCGGCUUCCCCGAGGGCCAUCUCGGAAGAAAAGAGUCGCCGUGGAAGAAGUUCAACGACGUGCCGGUCGAGGGGUGGCUGAACGAGUACAUGCUGGAAAGAACCUUCAACAAGGACAAGGCCAAGUUCAAGGAGGCGCGCAAGGGGGAGGAAUGGGCAAACUUGCCCUGCAGCAGCCCCAAGCGCAAGAGAGCAGGCGCCCCCGCGGGAUGCGAUCGUGUCAACAAGCAAGGCGUCGAGGGCGAGGAGAUUGCGAAGCCAGGCAAUGGCGAGGGCGAGGAGACUGCAAAGCCAGACAAUGUCGAGGACGGAUUGGGCCUCGACGGAGAAAAGGCGCCCGGCUCCGGUUCCGGUUCCGAUGUGGCAGAACUUCCCGAGAUCACCGAGAAGUGGGCAACCACGGCUGAAGAAAUCUCCAAGCGCGAGUUCACUGACCUCGCCACCUCCCGCGGCCUGGCAAAGGUGGCCAAGGAGAAGUUCUCCCAGACGCUUACCGAGUUGCGCGGCAAGUGGUUGGGCUACACGGCACUCACGAAAACCUCCCCCAAGUUCAAGACUAUUUACGGCAUCGCGGGAAAGCUGGCGAAGCCCCUCGAGAAGAUUGGCACUCCCCUCUGGGUUUUUGGAGUCGUCGACGCCUUUGCUCGCGACGCGUCCGCCUUGGAAAAAGCUGCUGCCAUCACGGCUCUCAUCCCCUUUGUCGGCUGCACGGUGGACGCGGCCGCCAAGGGGUCCAAGGGCAAGAUCAGCCCCCUCGACACGACCCUGUGCUAUCUCGCGGACGGACUCAUGUUCACCCCGCUGUGGCCGGCCGCCCUCGUCAUCCAGGCGGUCCGGGCCAUCAUCAACGCCUUCAUCCCCCCGGACGUGCCCUCGCCCGAGAAGCUGCAUGAGAAGCGCGACAAGGAGUGGCGCAACUUCCUCGACAACACCAUCUACACGUACAUCUACUCGGACGAGUUCGCGACCCCGGAGAAGACGUUCCGCGAAAAGAUGAACAGCACCUUCGUGGCCGAGGCCGCUCUCGUCAUCUCCGACAUGGCGGACAGCAUCGGCGUGACCAACGCAACCGGGCAGAGCGCCAUGGAGGCCGAGAAGGACGCCGGCAGGAAGGCCACCAUCCUCAACGGCACCCAGACCGCGAUCGCGGAGCUGCGCGCGGGCGUCGAUACCGAGAUCCGGCGCCGGCAGCGCAAGGCCGUGCUGGAGCUGCCGGAAAAGCUCACCACCAGCUCCGGCGUCUCCCUCAAGCCGCUGGCCAAGACCUUCCAGGACGAGUACAUUGCCAACCUCCAGUCCGCCGAGUUCAAGAAGAAGUACACGGACAUUCUGAAGAUCAACGCGGCCGACGUGGAGGACAAGGUCAACAAGGCCGUCACGUACAUUCAGCCCAAGGCGGUCGCGCUGCCGACCCUGUUCGACGUCGCGUACGUCGUCGGGCAGUCCAAGGCGCUGGAGGACAUUGACCCGAACGCCCUGUCCGCGCGGGAGUUCAUCAUGGACAACACCAAGAACCUCACGGAGAACAAGGUCAACAUUUACGCGCUGCACCACACGCUGCAGAUCGCGAAGCUGCUCCGGGGCGCGCUCGACGGCGGCGAGGGGGCGCUGGACACGCGCUGGCCAACGUCCGACACGGCGCCGACGCGGCCGCUGCAGCUGCUCAUCGCCAUGCGGUACGGGCGCAUCUACGAGGAGAACAAGAUGGCGUGGAUCAGGAAGGAAAGGAAGGGCGUCCUGGGUCUUUUCGCGGGGGCCAACGACCCCGGCGAGAUUCACUGGGCCAGCCACCCCAACAUCCCGCCCGUCAAGGCCCCCAAGGCGGAGAACGAGAAGCUCUCGUACCUGGGCAUCAUCCUCGGGCUGAGCGAGGAGAUCGUCCGGAACACGCCACGCGGAGUGCAGCCGUUCGGGUUCAAGGACCUGGCGCAGAACGCGGAUCUGCUGCUGGCCCUGCUGAAGCUGGACGUGCACGCGACCGCCAACAAGCAAUCGGGGGCUGCUGGCAAGGCUGAGGACGAGAAGCCCAAGAUGAUGCGGCUGUGA